GGACGGUACCUGGUGGCGCUGGGACAUUACUACCACCCCGAGGAGUUUACCUGCUGCCAGUGCAGGAAGGUGCUGGAUGAGGGAGGCUUCUUUGAGGAGAAAGGCUCCAUCUUCUGCCCCAAGUGCUACGACACACGCUAUGCGCCCAGCUGUGCCAAGUGCAAGAAGAAGAUCACUGGGGAGGUCAUGCACGCACUGAAGAUGACCUGGCACGUGCAGUGCUUCAUGUGCGCCGCCUGCAAAACUCCCAUCCGCAACCGUGCCUUCUACAUGGAGGAGGGACAGCCCUACUGUGAGAGAGACUACGAGAAGAUGUUUGGCACCAAGUGCCGUGGCUGUGACUUCAAGAUCGACGCUGGGGACCGGUUCCUGGAGGCACUGGGGUUCAGCUGGCACGACACUUGCUUCGUCUGUGCGAUCUGCCAGACCAACCUGGAAGGGAAGACAUUCUACUCCAAGAAGGACAAGCCGCUCUGCAAGAGCCAUGCUUUCUCCCACGUGUGAGGGGCGGGAGU